AGACAAGGCUGUUUUUUUUUUGUAAUCACUUCAUUAAAAUAUUUGCUUUUUCAACUCCCUCAUCGAUGCUUACAAUGAACUUUUUUUUUCUUCAACUAACACACCAUUACCAGAUUCCUUAUCAAAUUGAAACUCUAAAUAAGCAACAACACGACAUUCAAAUUCGGUGACUUGAAAGUUGAAACAGCCCAAUAUAUUUGCAAUUUGAUUAUCAGCCAAAUCUGGGUUUUAUUUACUUUGUUGCAGAGAUGGCAAAAUCAGUUGAAAAUAGAGCUUUAAAGAAAGGUGCAUGGAGUCCUGAAGAAGACAAGAAAUUAAUCGCUUAUAUUAAGAGAUAUGGGAUUUGGAAUUGGGCAGAAAUGGCUAAACCAGCUGGAUUGCAAAGGUCAGGGAAGAGUUGUAGGCUUCGUUGGGUGAAUUAUUUAAGACCGGGAAUUAAACAUGGGAAUUUCACUAAAGAAGAAGAAGAAACAAUUAUUGAUUUACAUGAAAAGCUUGGAAAUCGAUGGUCAGUGAUUGCAUCAAAGUUGCCCGGAAGAACCGAUAAUGAGAUUAAAAACCAUUGGCAUGCUCACUUGAGCAAACGUUUGAAGUACGAUCUGAAUUCAUUACCAGACAUGUCCGAUGCCGAAAUAGACCAAUAUAGCUCAUUCGAAACCGAUCCCCCACCAACCAAUGUUCCGAAUGCAUUGAUUUCAGAAAGCUCUGCUGCAACUUCCACCAACAGUUUACCCUCCUCAAGCUCGAAUCCUAAACAGUAAUUCAACGAAAAGCCAAUACAUUUGGUUCGUUGGACAACUUCAUAGCAUUACAGCCAUUCGUUGGUUCCAUUGGACAACUUCCACCGCAUAACAGCAGCCAUUGCUUCAUUUGUUUCAGCAGGCAGUAUAUAAUCAGGGUAAAUUGACUUCAACUUUAGAUGAAAAACAAAAAGGGACAUGUAUGGUGACUAUUAAUGUUGAUAGAUACACUACUGUGCAUUGUUGUAGACUUGGCAUUGACAUUGAAUGGAUGCUAUAUAUAUAUCAUAUCUGUCUUAUAGCAA